CUCCCGUCCUUCGCGUGAGUGGACGGGGCCGAGUCCGUCAGGUUUGCCCGUGACGAUGCAAUUCUGCAGUUGAUUCGCACGUUCUCUCAGAAGACGCCGAAGAUGGCCAACGAUCCGUUGCUGGUCGGGUUGAUGUUCUUGGAAGAGCCGCUACUGUCCGUGCCCGUUGUGCAUGUCGAUGUCGGGCCAAUGUGGGUAUUGCAUGGCCAUGGUACUACCCAAACAACGUCGCAAUCCAGGAUGCUGGGCAUAUCCGCUCAAACUGGUGCUUGCUACGACCAGUCGGUCCAGCACAAACACAGCGCUAGUGUGGAUGCAUGGCCUCGGUCAUUUUUUCUGAAGUUGCUACGCACAGCGCCACUGGAACCGAGUGAAUUGUACACAUUUUGGUACCAUCGCCACGGCGUGAUGCCUACGGUCAUGAGGUGCAUGCGACAUCUCACGACGCAGUGGCGGGCGUUGUUCCCCGGUCUGUUUGCCGUUCGAUGGAGUGCCAGCAUCCUCCACUCUUUUCCCGCCAUGUACAGAGCCUUGAGCACGCGAAGUCGCGCGCGAUUUGUUCGCACUCGCCCGUCCGAGCCACGACGACGUCAUUCUUGGCGGCAUGGCCGAACUCAUCCGAGUCCACGUGCACUUGGCAAAACAAAGUUUGUGUGUUUACUGGGCGCACGGGGCUCCUACCCAUGGCCUCGAGCAUGGUGUAGCUGUGAUGCCCAUCCUGCGCUUCAAGGAUCCUGGACGUUGUGCAAUGGCCGAUGUGCCAAAACGUAAUGUGCAUGGUUCGUCCGGAACAUGCUGUCGCGGUCGACAGUGACCGCGUUGCUCGUUACCUACGUGCGGGGAAGAAAUGCCGAGAUGGGACGUCGCCAGAGCUUUGUUCAAAGUUGGCUGGCACGAAGUUUCGUGUUGGCGGGUAGAAUUCGGUGUUUCUGCGAUCGAAGAGACGCCUAGCAAGGUAACUCGCUCAAGCUUCUCAUGCGGCGUCAUCCUGCCUCCUCCGAAUAUCCGUGAGAAACGUGAUGCCCGCGCCAUUGUCAAGGCGAAUCAUCUGCAGCAUGCCCAUCCACGGUAUAUUUGGUUGAAGUGGACGCGCCAUCGAGGCGGUCCAAAACGCGCUUGAGUACCACGCACGGCACGAUCGCAUGCAAAUUGCAUCGUCCAUCAAGCGUUGGCCGCUCGAUGUCCCCGUCGCAUGCAACGCCAGCUCCGAGCUCGAUCGCUCCAUUCGUUCAGGGUUUCGUGAGCAAAUCAUUGUGUUAUGUUGAUUUCGGUGUUGAAUGAAUCGGUCACCCGACGACGUUGAUAACCUCUUGGGGUAGCAAGCCCAAUUUGUGCAAGUACGAGAGCUGCUGCAGCGUCAGUCGGGUCGGCUUGGAAAGAACUGCACCGACAACACGUCCGAGGGGAAGGUCCCAC